ACGUAGUUUUGAUUUGGGUGCUCGAUCGCUGAGGAAAGAAAGCCGGAAGGGCUUAGAACUGAAGGAAGUUGGUGUGUUUGGAGGAGGAAUUGGUUGGGAUGGACGAAGAAACCUCUAGUCUUCCUCCAAUGAGGUUGAUGAAUUUCAUCUCCGAGGAGCAGUUGGAUGAAUCUAAGAAAGCAAGGGGUGAACGAGCAGAUGACGGCACUGCGCAGAGGGAUAGACCCCUCUUCGAGAUAUUAAAGGAGAAUAAGGACAAGCGAGAUGCCGAAUUUAAUGAGCGGUUCAAGCACAGACCGCCAAAAGCUUUGGAUGAAGAUGAGACUGAGUUUCUUGAUAACCUGGAGAUGUCAAGGAGGGACUAUGAACAGCAAAUGGCAGAAGAAGAAGCCCAACAGCUCCGUAGUUUCCAGGCAGCAGUGGCAGCACAGUCUACCAUUGUACAUGAACUGAAGGAUACACCCCCUGCUCCUAAAGUCCAGGAGCAGAAACCAGUUGUCAGGAAGAAUCCGCCUUCUCACCGGUUAGGUAUGAUUAUCAAAGUCAAGCCACAAGCCAAGAAAGCGAAGGUGGAUCCAGCAAACUCAGAAGGGUCAGAAAUUGUGAAAACACCUAGCAUUGAUACAGAAAAACCUUCAGACCUGGAGAAAAAAUAUAGUGUUGAUACUGAUGAGGCCCAUGAUGUACCUGCAAACGGUCUGGUUUCAUACAGCGAUGAAAGUGAGGAAGAUGAUUAAUAAUUUCAGUAGAGACUAGUAUUGUUUUCAGAAAGAACUAAUCAUAUAGUCUAAAUUUAUUCUCGUAA